AAUGAUCUUAACUUAAUAGUUAACACAUACUUUAGUAUAGUUAUUAUUAUUUUUUUUUAUUGUUAAUUUGUCGUUCGUGAUUGUAUACUGAAGUGUUUCAUUUUUCAAUACGACAAUUGCAAAUUUUUAGAUCUUAAGAGGAACACAUUUUGUUCUGAUUACAAAAUAUUGAGCAAUCAUUUUCCAGUUUCGACAGUCAUGGACGAUCAUUACAUCAAAGUUGAUCUAUUGAAAUUGUUAGACGACAAUCAUUUGACAGUAACUCAAGGGACAUCCGACCGGAAAAAUUUAUUAUUCGUUGUCGGCAAAUCGUCGACCGUUGAAAAAUUAGAAGAAUUAACUAGUUGUUAUGCCGACAGGGUCAAUGUGAAAUUUGCCUUAGUUGAUAACUUGAACCUUGUAGCAUCUGAAGGGUCAUUGUACAAUGCCAUUCUAUUAGGCUUCGGUGUAGAUGACAACAGUCUGUCCGAUCUGAGCUUAAUACCAAAAUACACCUCAUUGUUAGUGGCUGGCGGCAUACUGAUGGCAAAAACCAUAAUUGGCACUGAAGACACCUUGGUAAAACGUAUGAAGUUAUGUGGUUUUCUUAAUGUUGCUGUAAACAAAUCCAUUCCAGGAAUGGUUAUUGGAAAUAUGCCCACUUACAAAGUCGGCACCAGCGAUAAAAUCGCUCUAAAUCCAGAGACAAAAGAAAAUGUCAUUUCAGCUUGGAAGUUGGAUGAUAAUAAUUCAGAAACAAUAUCUGAAGACGAUUUAUUAGAAGCUGACGAUUUAAAAAAACCAGAUACUUCUUCACUCAGAGUUUGUGCUACUACCAAAAAGGCUAAGGCUUGCAAAGACUGUACUUGUGGAUUGGCAGAAGAACUCGAAACAAAUCGUCUCAAAGACACACCCGUGCCAGACACUUCCAAUGCUAAAUCAUCUUGUGGAAGUUGUUAUCUGGGUGAUGCAUUCCGUUGUGCCAGUUGUCCAUACCUUGGUAUGCCGGCUUUCAGACCAGGUGAGAAAGUUCAACUCGCUGGAAACUUGUUACAAGACGAUUUAUAAUUAGCACAUUCUAUUAACACCACUCAUAGAACUAGAGUAUUUAUUUAAUUACAUUUUAAUUAUAUUAUAAAUUGGCAUCAAGAAUAUGUUAAUUAAAAUAAAUAAACAUGA